UCUACAGAUAAAUACARCAGAACAAGACGGAAAAGAAAGGAAUUUACACCUAAUGUUAGGGCCGUGGAAAACCUCAAGGAAAUGGGAUUCCAAGAAGAGGAGAUUCUAAUAGCUUUAAAAGUGACUGGGAAUAGCCAAGAAGCUGCUUGUGAGUGGCUCCUGGGAGACAAAAAAGGAAAUCUGGAAAAUAUUGAUGAUGGUCUUGAUCCAGAAAGUCCUAUCUAUAAGGCCAUUAUGGAAAACCCAAUGGUUCAGCUUAGCUUGUACAACCCUAGAGUCCUUGCAGCAUUUGAAGACAUGCUUGAAAAUCCCCACAACAGUAAUUUGUAUAUAAGUGAUGCCGACACUGGUCCAGUUUUGUUACAAA